AUGUCAGAGGAGCAGCCCCAGGCCUCCUCUGGAGCGCUGCGGGAUGUAGGGCGCGGCCUCGAGAACCUGCCCAUCAGUUCGUGGCCCGAAGGGGAGGAGCCGGUGUUUCAGUACACUCCUGAACCAGUGAUGGGUCCUGGAGCAGAAACUGAUCCCACCCAGAUAACCUUUCCCGGAUGCGCUUGCCUCACCAUGUCCUGCCUCCCAGCCACUUGUUCAUGUCUCUUUCGUGGGGAGAAUUAUGAUCAUUGGUGCCUCAGAGAUAUAGAGAGUGACGUGGAGUUUGCCAGACCGAUGUUUGAAUGCAACAUCAUGUGCCAGUGCAGUGAACAAUGCGAGAACCGAGUGGUUCAAAGAGGUCUGCAGUUCCGUCUCCAGGUGUUCAAGACUGAUAAGAAAGGCUGGGGGCUUCGCACCUUGGACUUCAUACCCAAAGGAAGGUUUGUUUGUGAAUAUGCUGGUGAAAUUUUAGGAACCUUGGAGGCACGCAGAAGAAUACAGCAACAAACAAAGCAUGAUUCAAAUUACAUUAUAGCUGUCAGAGAGCACAUAUGUAAUGGCCAGAUAAUAGAAACCUUUAUGGAUCCUACCCACAUAGGGAACGUCGGCAGAUUCCUUAACCAUUCUUGUGAGCCAAAUUUAUUGAUGGUCCCUGUCCGUAUUGACUCAAUGGUGCCUCGAUUAGCACUUUUUGCAGCCAAAGACAUUCUGCCAAAUGAAGAACUUUCUUAUGACUAUUCAGGAAGAUUUCAUAAUCUCAUGAAGAAAAAUGGAAACCAAGAAAUGUCAGAUACACACAAAAUAGGGAAGCCUUGUCAUUGUGGUACCAAAUCAUGUGCUGCUUUCUUGCCUUAUGACAGUUCACCGUACUCACCCCUAGAAAAUCCAACCACUAAUUAAAGGACCAAUUAAAAAGUAUGAUGUGAGCAUUACAUCCAUUAGUAGUAAGCAUACAUAGUCAUAAGA